AUGAUGGCUCCCAGUUGCAAGAAAUCAUUGGUUCAAAAGCGGGCUUUAAUUGUUUUAACGAAUAUCUCAAAGCUUCCGGGGAAAGAUGCUGCUGAUGUUUGCUUUACUGGGUUUGAUGCAAGAGCUGUUGCUCACUUAUGGAGCUUGCUUAAAGUAAGAAAUUUUUAUCAAAUUGACUACUGCACCCCGGAAGGGGGCCCGGCACCUCUUGAUCCGAGAUCUGCAGAUGAAAGCAAAGAUGACCCAAUAGUCCAAUCAUUUCUUCAGAAUAAGACAUUAGUAGAUACGUUUCAAGAUACAAUGUCUGCAAAAAGCAUCGUAGAAAGUAUGACAGAAUACUCUCUGAUUGGGCUCGUUGGGGCGCACGGGGCCCUCAUAGAUGUUGCCGCCUCUCAAGAUAUUGCCAAAUUAGUGACAAUCGUAUACGAACAGAAUGGCCUUAUAUGCGCCAUAGGUCACGGGCUUUGUGGAGCAUUAUGCUCUCAAACCUCAUUAACCUCGUUCCCAGGAAUUCCGCUUCUCAAAGAAAAAAAAGUGACCUCUUCCACACGCUCAGAGGAUGAACAGCAGACGGCGCAUGUGCCCUUUUUUCUUGAUGAGAGACUAAUGGCACUGGGCGCAUGGGUUCUCAAUAAAGGCCCCUUUGAGAUAAACGUAUGCAUUGACUAUGGCAAUGACGAAACCGGAAAAAUUGUCACUGGACAAAAUACAGCCUCUGUGCCCGCUUGGAUUGAACUAAUAGAGACUUUGAUUAUUCAAUGA